AUGUUUACUAGUGUUUUCAUGUGAUUUCCCUCUGUUAUUUGGUCAUUUGGUCUGCUUCCAUCCCCACGAAAAAGGAGGACCCUCAUAGAUUGGAGUGCGUUAGUUCACAAGUUGAAAUGCUUGAGACUGCUAAUGAUGGAGUUUCUGUUGUGGUUGAGCUUGGAUUAUCUGCUUAUUUGUGUGCUCCGGAGAAUAUUCUGUCUAUAUAAUAAGUGCUCUAACAACUUGGUGGUUGGUUAUUUAUUGAUGGUUGGGAAAAUAAGUGGAUACAUAUGGAAAUAAAUAGUCUGUUCAUCGGUGUUGUCCAUGCAUACUGCAACAGGUACACGCGGCUGACUUCUUACUUUUUUGUGAGAUACGUGUCACGAAUCUUGGGAGCGGAGUCGUUUCUUCUAGCUUCAGUUUCUAAGCUCAAGUCUACAUGCGGAUUUGCUCACUGUUUGUGUCGUGCAUCCCAGAAUUGUUCCCAUAUAAGCCAUCAACGUGCCUGUCUUUCGACCAUU